AGCGUGCGGAGCAGAGGAAGAGACGGCAGACACCGCACCUUCGACCAAGGUAAAGCAUGGCAAUGACUGGCCCGAGCUCGUGCUCCUCCAUGAGUAACCACACCAAGGAGCGGGUCACUAUGGCCAAAGUGACCCUGGAGAACUUCUACAGUAACCUCAUCGCCCAGCACGAAGAGAGAGAGAUGAGGCAGCAGAAGCUGGAGAAAGUGAUGGAUCAGGAGGGCCUGGCUGAUGAAGAGAAACGUAUCCGGCGCUCUCAGCAUGCAAGAAAAGAGACGGAGUUCCUGCGUCUAAAGCGUACUCGACUGGGUCUGGAGGACUUUGAGUCCCUGAAGGUGAUUGGCCGUGGAGCUUUUGGAGAGGUUCGUCUGGUGCAGAAAAAGGACACCGGACAUGUCUAUGCAAUGAAGAUCCUCCGCAAAGCCGACAUGCUGGAGAAAGAACAGGUUGGUCAUAUCCGAGCUGAGCGGGACAUUCUAGUGGAGGCAGACAGCCUGUGGGUGGUCAAAAUGUUCUACAGCUUUCAGGAUAAGAUGAACCUCUACCUCAUCAUGGAGUUCCUGCCUGGAGGAGACAUGAUGACUCUGCUGAUGAAGAAGGACACCCUGACAGAAGAGGCCACUCAGUUCUACAUAGCAGAGACGGUGCUGGCUAUCGACUCGAUCCACCAGCUGGGCUUCAUUCACAGAGAUAUCAAACCAGACAACUUGCUGCUGGACUCCAGGGGUCAUGUGAAGCUGUCUGACUUUGUGUGCACGGGGCUGAAGAGGGCUCACCGCACCGAGUUCUACAAGAACCUGAACCACAGCCUGCCCAGUGACCUCACCUUCCAGAACAUGAACUCCAAGAGGAAAGCAGAGACCUGGAAGAGGAACAGGAGGCAGCUGGCUUUCUCCACAGUGGGAACCCCAGACUACAUCGCUCCAGAGGUCUUCAUGCAAAAUGGAUACAACAAGCUGUGUGAUUGGUGGAGCCUGGGUGUCAUCAUGUAUGAGAUGCUGAUAGGUUACCCUCCAUUCUGCUCAGAGACGCCUCAGGAGACCUACAGGAAAGUGAUGAACUGGCGGGAGACGCUGACCUUUCCUCCAGAAGUGCCUAUAUCAGAGAAGGCCAAAGACCUGAUCCUCAGGUUCUGCUGUGAGGAGGAGCACAGGAUCGGUGCUGCAGGUGUGGAGGAGAUCAAGUCCAAUCCUUUCUUCGAGGGGGUGGACUACGACCAUAUCAGAGAGAGACCUGCUGCCAUUCCCAUAGAGAUCAAAAGCAUCGACGACACCUCGAACUUCGAUGAGUUCCCUGAUUCAGAUAUCCUCACACCAACAGCUGCCCCGGUGUCCAACCAGACCGAGGCGGACCUGAAGAACAAGGACUGGGUCUUCAUCAACUACACCUACAAACGCUUCGAAGGCCUGACUGCUCGAGGAGCGAUACCAUCCUACAUGAAGUCAAGCAAGAGAUGAACCCCUCCAGAGAGGCUUUAUCCAACACCACCAUGAAACCUGAAAGAUUCGUCCAAACCCCUGUUGUCUGAGGACAGAACUCUGCUGUCUGUCCUCUGUGUUACCUGAGUGACGAGGACUCUUUUCACGCGGGACUCUGCAAAUAAAGGGGCUCAGUCUCACUGAGUUGCUUUCCAGGAACUGCUGCCUUCAUUUCUGCAGGUCUUCACUUUCUCUGAUGCUUCCGAGGGUACCUUUAUACUUUCUGCUCACACAAACAUGAAGACUGAACUGGAUUGAAGUGACUGGGGUUGUGUCCACUUGCCUUCCACCAGUGGUUGCAGUGGGAUGUCUUCCCUCCUGACACCAGCAUCCAUUACAUUCCCUCUCUGUAAACCAGCACCAGUCUGUUGGACCUACCAAGGGCUCUUCUCCCUCCAAACCAGGACAUCCACUCCUUUUGCCCUUUUUCUGUUGACUUGUCAACUCAAACUUUGCAUUAAGUGGUCACUUGAAGUGAAUCAGGUGCUCUUCAGGGAUUCUGUCCAAAUGUUUCUCGUGGUUUCCUAACAGAGCUCACUAUGAGGCUUCUCUAAAGUGCUGCUGGCUUCUGACCUAACCAAAGACUGUGAGCUCAAUCAUGUUUCUGCUUCGUCUCUCUGUCACCUCAUUUCCUCUCUACCUUCAAACUCUAGUUCUAUAGAUUCAUAAUUGCAACUUUUGCUUGUUGAAACGUGUGAAUUUAAGAGCGAUGUAUUUUGUGGAACAAACACAAGAGUCUUGUUACAUUUUCACAAUGACCCACUUAAGUUGAAAAAUCCCGAGCACCUUAUGUGAUGUGUGAUGCUCCAGUACAGUCAGGCCUGCAGCUCAGUGAUUUGUGUUUGGAUUGGGUGUUGUUAUUUUUUUUUUAAUUGACUGGAAAGUGUAAGCUUGUGUCCACACAUGGGUUUGACAGGGGAGUGAAGACGGUACUUCCAAACUGAAGUUUUAAUGCCAUGAACAUGUUACAAACUCAGAUUUUUAGUAUUACUGGGGUGGGCAAGCCGAGAUCGUCAUGAAACAGACCCACAGACUGUAUGAAAUACAACAGAAUAUGUUCCCAUGCGAACUUCAGCUGAUGCUGUUCUUACAGACUCAGUUUGACCUGUGGACCAGUUGACAGAAUGGAUCCGUGACUGUGGAUUUAUUGUGGACUUCCUGUUGAAAUGUAGAAGCACAGGGCUAAACAUCUUCCAGUG